AUGAAAAGUAAGAUGGCAAAGCGUGCCCAAUGGUUGAGAUGUUUGACUACUGUUGUUAGGAGAAUUCUGCCGUCUUACAGUGGUCCAUGUGCAAUGUCCGCGGUCCGCUUACAAGAAUCGAAAAGCACUUUUGACUCCUCUUUUUUGUUCCAUUUUAGAGCCCUUUUUGAUGAUGAGAACUUAUUUUCCCCUAAAGAAUAA